GGUGUGUCUGUCUAUCUCUUGGUGGAGACAUGGCCAAGGGGAAAGCAAAAGGUCCACAAGGGAAAAGGAUCACCUUGAAGAUGGCCAAAAAUUCAAUCCGGGUAAGUUUUAGUGGAAGGCGCCGUCUGGACUUAAGCAAAAUGGGCAUCGCCACCUUCCCCAAAUGCAUUCUGGAACUGGCUGGUGAUGUGGACGAACUUGAUUUGAGCAGAAACAUGUUGAGAAAGAUUCCAAACACCAUUGAGAAGUUCCAGAACCUGCUCUGGUUGGACCUGCAUAGUAAUCAGCUUGAUGAGCUGCCCAAGGAAAUAGGGUCACUUCAGAACCUUACUUUCCUGAAUAUAUGCAACAACAAGUUGACCACAGAAAGUCUGCCAGAGGAGUUGAACCUUCUCAAGAACCUCAAGACUCUUAACCUUGGCUUGAACUGUCUUGAGACUGUUCCCACCACUCUCGGGGCCCUGAGGGAACUCGUUGAUCUAGGUCUCUUUGACAAUGUCUUGACCACCAUACCAAAGAGUGUGAAAAAUCUCCCCAAGAUUGAGAGAAUGAAUGUAAAAAGAAACCCUUUACGAGAGUUAGAAAAGCCAGAGGAGGAGAUUGACACCAUUAAACGCAUAGAAACACUUCACUUAGUAGAAGAGAAAGACCUAUGCUCUUCCUGCCUGAAGAAGUGUAAGGGUGAGAAGGAUGAGCUGCACAGGCUGGAGGACAUGACACCUAGCUCCUCCAAGGAGCUAAGUUUCCCUUUACUCCUUACACCCAAUUCCUCUGCAAAGGAUAAUCAAGAAGAAUGGAGAGUAAGAAGCACAGAUCCUUGAAAUAUACCAAGGCACUCUGCGUAUCAUGUGCUAUGAAGUCCA